ACAGCAGGUUUCAAUUCCUGAUUCAAUCACAGGCACAAGCUUCCCUGCUCUGUGUUGCCUCGGAGCACCUGGUACUCCAGGAUUUCUGUGCUGCAGUGGGGUAGGUGAGUGCAGCUGAUUAGGCAUGAUUAAGCUUCCUUAUCAUCCUGCUCAAAGUGUUCUCCCAUACAUGGGCCAAUCUUGCCUUGAUGCCAGGGCUGGGGCUGCUGUUUCUAUUGACACUUUGUGCUCCUUGCAUGCUUCAUCUGCAAAGGGAGAAUAGGCAAGGAAGUACGGAAAAUCCCUUAACUGUUAGGAACAUAAAGAAGGCAAAGGCUGGCAUGUUCACCCACAAAUCCAGGAAAUAGCUGUAUGGUUUUAGCAGCACUUGUUUUUAUAUUUGGGUUCAUUCCAAUCAUGAUCUUGGCCAGGAACCGUGCCUGAUUUUGACACAUUUUUGAGUUUCUAGAGUGUAAAAUGAAUACUUUAAAUAAUGUUUAUCUCUAGGAUGCAGAUCUCUGAGCAAGAUGGCACCUGCAGCAAUUAAAUUUAUUUAAACACUUACAAUAACUGUGCUAAUCACUUAAUUUUAAGUAAAAUUCCAUACAGAGAAUCUCCACGUCUAGCUAUACCAAAAUCAAGUCACUUUUCAUGUUUUUUUUUUUUUUUUUUCCCUCUGGCUUUUAUUGCAGAAGGCUGUAGAGGAAAAGAAAUGAAUUUUAAGGUUUUCUUGUUAAUAACUUGCAUUACGGUCUGGAGAGCACUGGUUGCUACCCAUUUAUUUCUGUCCACCUCAUUCAUUUAUUUAAUAACAUCAUUAACAUGAGAUUACGUAGAAAAACGUGUUGUUGAAUGACUGUUUGUGCAAAUUGAGUUGUUUUUACUAGAACUAUAUGCAAAGCAUAUUUGGUGUAGUGUUAAAUUGUACUGCUGUGGAGACUUUAGUAGAGAUCUCUGUGUGUGAAAUUCAGCCAAAGGGUGCAUUUGCGAAAAUCUUUAACUCAUGCUGAGCACUGACUGGCCUGUGAUUUUAAAGCGAAUGUUAGAAGAACCCCAGACAUUGCUGCAUGAUGGUAAGGUUAUUAAUUUAGAACUUGAAAAAUAUUUAAACCAAAUUAAGUUCUGGAACAUAGUAAACCUAGCUACUCCGGCCUUUAGUCCACAGCACGUAUUCACAUUACAACUCAUACUCUGCCACUAGGGCCCACAGAAGCAGUGAUUUUUGAGCUCCCAUUUUCUCUUACCUCCUAAUGCAGUAAUAAAGGCUAAGGCGUGACAUUAUUAGCUGGCAGACGUCAUCAUAUCUUGGUUGCAUUCUCGAUUACCCUGUUUGUGUGUGUACAUAACCCUUGGAGGAUGGUAGAUUCUUUAUAACGCUAAUGGAACUUCAUCCCUUUGUGUGAGCACAGUAGCAACUUCAUUUUAUAUGACCUGCAGGCCUAUAAUGUCGUAGUAACCCAUGAAAGGCGCGGAGGAAGGGCAGCGAGGAGCCGCAGCGGGGUCGGGCAGCCCGCGGAGGCCGCGCACCAUGGCGGACGAUGAGAAGGCCGGCGGGGGUUACGCGGGAGGCUGCGAGAGCGCGCACUGCAACGUGCUGAGCUGGGAGCAAGUGCAGCGGCUGGAUCGCAUCCUCAGCGAGACCAUCCCCAUCCACGGCCGCGGCAACUUCCCCACGCUGGCCAUGCAGCCCCGACAGAUCGUCAAGGUGGUGCGGAGCCGGCUGGAGGAGAAGGGCAUCGGGCUGCGGGACGUGCGGCUCAACGGCUCGGCCGCCAGCCACGUCCUGCACCAGGACAGCGGCCUGGGCUACAAGGACUUGGACCUCAUCUUCUGCGCCGACCUCAAAGGGGAAGCUGAGUUUCAGACUGUGAAGGACGUGGUCUUGGACUGCCUCUUGGAUUUCUUGCCCGAGGGGGUGAACAAGGAGAAGAUCACGCCGCUCACCCUCAAGGAAGCUUACGUGCAGAAAAUGGUCAAAGUAUGCAAUGAUUCCGACCGGUGGAGUCUCAUCUCCUUGUCCAACAACAGCGGCAAGAAUGUGGAGCUGAAGUUCGUGGACUCUCUGAGGCGGCAGUUUGAAUUCAGCGUUGAUUCCUUCCAAAUCAAGCUGGACUCCCUGCUGCUUUUUUAUGAAUGCUCAGAGAAUCCGAUGACUGAGACAUUUCACCCGACCAUCAUCGGUGAGAGCGUCUAUGGGGAUUUCCAAGAAGCUUUUGAUCACCUCUGCAACAAGAUCAUUGCUACCAGAAACCCCGAAGAGAUAAGAGGAGGCGGUUUGCUGAAGUACUGCAACCUUUUGGUAAGGGGCUUUAGGGCUGCCUCUGAAUCCGAGAUUAAGUCCCUGCAGAGAUACAUGUGCUCGAGGUUUUUCAUUGACUUCUCAGACAUUGGAGAACAGCAGAGAAAGCUGGAGUCCUACUUGCAGAACCACUUUGUGGGAUUAGAGGACCGCAAGUAUGACUAUCUCAUGACCCUUCACGGUGUGGUGAACGAGAGCACAGUGUGCCUGAUGGGACAUGAGAGGAGACAGACGCUGAAUCUGAUCACCAUGCUGGCCAUCCGGGUCCUAGCCGAGCAGAAUAUCAUCCCCAAUGUGGCCAAUGUCACCUGCUAUUACCAGCCAGCCCCAUACGUAGCAGAUGCCAACUUCAGCAAUUACUAUAUUGCCCAGGUGCAGACGGUGUUUCCGUGCCAGCAGCACACGUACUCUACCUGGCUGCCCUGUAAUUAAGGAUCAAAAUUAGUAGACCCGGUGGGGAGAACCUUUUCUAACGCGUAGAAAGGGGCAGUGCGCCCCUUUGAAAUGGGGUGUUUUGUGCAAUGAUGAUCUGCUCUGGUUUUCAAGCUUGGUGAAAGCUUGUGUUUCUUCUAAUAAACAAUGGGAGCAUGAUCUAGAAAGAACCCCAAAAUAAUUGGAUCCUACCCAGAGCACAAGAGGCCUGUCAUUAAAAGCAGCCAGCUUCCCCUGAGAUAAGUGAGGGAGGAAUGCUUGAUGACAAUAUGGGUUGGCAGUAUCUGCUCCCAUAGCUUUGGCAUAGAGAAGGUGGGAAAGCCUUAUUUCUUUUGUUUUUAUUCUUACUCUAGAACGGGAUCUGCAAAAGGGAGAAUAUGAAAGAAACAAAAAACCAACAAAAAAAAAAUCUCAAAAAACAAUUCUAUAUAUAUAUUCAGGAAUUAAAAGUAGAGGCAUAAAGCAGAGAUAAGCUGAAUUAAAAUGUAUAUUGGAAUUACUGCAUUUGGGGCUUGCAGCAAGUGCCGUCUAUGGAUUGACAGCGUAGAAUGUAUAGCUUGCUUAAAUAGAGAAUGCUUUAUCAGAAACAGCUUGCUCCAAAUGAACAGUAGUAGAUUGGUACAGUUAGAAAAACGGAAACACGUAUGAUGACAAAGUCCAUUAUUUCCAGCUGUGUGUGCGUGCCUCCCAUUUUUAAAAUGUGAGAAUGCAGGGAGAACAGCUGUGACAAACUAAGUAUGCUCAAGGACCAAAGAUUUCACAAAUAAGUUAUCUGAGCAAAGAAGACACAGUAGAAUAUAUAUAUAAAUAUAUAUAUAUAAAACAAACAAACAAAAAAAGAUGUUGCUAUAUUUGUACACACCAAUAGUAAUCAAAAGUGCCUGAUGCCUUCAUAAAAUUUGAAGUGAGAAAAAUCUAGUUUUGUGGUUUAACCAUGCAUUUUGUUUUAUCAGGGACACAAGGAUUAAAAGCAAAACAACCAUAAGCUUGUGAAUAAGUGGUGGAGGAAAUGCCCUAUUUUUUUUCUUGGCAAAUACUUGUAUAGAGUAAAUGUUAUGUCGGUGUGCUAUUAUCCUAGGUACGUGUGUGUAUGUGUGUAUAUAUGUUUGUGUGUGUAUAUAUGUACAUGUUAUAUGUGUAUAUCUAUAUAUAUACACACACAAUAUAUAUUAAUGUGGUCUAGGAAAAUGUAGCAAUUAAGGAAUGUUUAAAUAAAGUACUAUGUGUUUUCCAGUUUGCAACAGGAUGUCAUAGGACAGUGGGCACUUUGCAGUGAAUUUUUAACCCACACCUGAGAAAUUUGGAGUAAAUGAACCAGUCAGGAUUAAGGUGGGAUUCAGAUAAUGUCUUUGGUUGCAAGAACAAGGAUUACAGUAAUUCAGUGGAUUGCUUGUGAGCCAUAAUAAUUCCACAAACGGAGAAACAUAUGACUAGCUGAUUUUUUUUUAAACUAUUUUGUACUGUAAUGCCAUUUUUGACAUUUAACCCACUAAUGUUGUGACUGCAUACCUCCAUUAUGUGUAAUUCAGUGGAACGUGGAUCAAAGACAGGUUUAUUUAAACCCCCUGACAGCUAAAGGAUAUUGUAUUAGUUGGAGAUUUGAACACUAAUUGUUAAUAUUUAAAGGAGUAUUUUAAUAGAAUGCGUGAUGCAUUCCAGGACCACUAGAAUUUAGUAAAUGUGAAAUGAACCCUUUUUAAGAGUUGCACGAUUGCUUAAAAUUAUAUUUUAUAUAUAUAUAUUAUAUAUAUAUAUUUUUAUGCAAAUAUUAAACAUCUUUGAUCUGGUUGUCACACUGCAUUUACAAGUUCAGUACUGUACUUUAUUUAAAUGGAAUCACUUUACAUUGGAACAAUACCUAUUCACUUUCAUUUCCUCUCCCAAAAGACCAGCAGGGGGAAAAUGAAACCUCUGCUGUUGUUUUCACUUCAGUGCCAUCCAUGAAAGUGUUAGAUUUUUGUUGGGCUUUGAAAUCCCGAUAACUAAAUGACACUUGAGUCUGAUUUUUUGUGAUUUUUUUUUUUUAAUUUUUUUUUUUAACUGAGGGGGGGGGGGGGGGGGGGGAAGAAAAGGGAAUUCAGGGUUUUGAGAGAAAACUAUGCGUCUUUGCAUGGUCUCGUGUUUGUGGAGGCAGGGGCUAGAGAGGACAGGACUCGUGUCCCGGCUGUGUUUUCCCUACGGAGCUACUAAGGUACAUCUAUUUUUGUCGCGCUUUGUACUUUUAACUCUGAAGGCAAUCUAGCGGGAACCUGAUUUGUUUACAGAAGCACCUUCCCUGUGAAUUCUUCAGGAAAUGUACAAUCUGUUUCGUUGCCCUUCGCUGUGUUUGCUCAGAGACCUUGUCCCCGCCAACCCUUCCUCCCCCUUGAGGCCUUCCUCCUCUCUGAGGCCGGAGCAGGGCCCAUGUUACAGGCCGGGGCCUGUGUCGGCUGGCGGAGCUGGAAGGUGCUGGCCAAAGCAUUGCGCUGCUGGCAGCUCGGGGAAGGUUCCUAGCGGAAGCACGGGGAAGGCUGGGGAAAUAGGAUCAGCUGGUAAUGUGGUAUGUCUUCUCUCGCCGCAACUAUUUGCAGCAAAUGAAUGAGUCAUCCGCUCUUCUGAGGGGGCUGAGAAUCUAUAGCGGUGGCACAACCACAGAAUGCUGAUAGUACAUGACACAAUGUAUUUUUCCAUCGAAGGACCCUUUUUCCAUUGCUUAGAAGAAAGUUUUGAUUUACUUCCUCUCCGCUCAAAUUUUAUUGUGUUUUUAUGAUUGACAGCAGCUAGUUACCUUAUAGUGCAUGCAGCAGGGCUCUGAGCUAAACUGCACCUUUCAGCGUUUGCAUUUUGAUACAUAUAUAAUAUGUUUUUAUAUAUAUUAUAUAGGUAUUCUUGAUCUGUUUUGCAUAUGUUAAUGAGCGAGUGGUGGAACUGGUGGAGCUUUGUUGUAUCUGUGACGGGAGUUUAAAAGGUGCCCGGUGUUAGAGGUGGGAAGAAGGCGUGAGCUCAGGCCAAGAGUUAAAUAAGAACCCCUUUUCAAAGCUGGUUUAUUCCUGCGGUUUGCUCACCUUCCUCUCCAUAAAGUAUGACUUUUUUGAACUGUUUCCCCUCUCCCGCCCUUCGCUACACUGAUACUUUUAAAGUUAACAACCGCAUUCUUGCUUUGUAGACUUCAUUUUUCUCAUCCAGUCAACUGCAAGGCUACAACUUGCUGCAAGAGACAGUGCCCCUUUUAAAGAGCUGAACUGAUUAAAAACAUUGACCUGAUUACAGUAAAACUGUUUGUUCCGCAGCUGAAUUUAUUGCUAACCAAGAGGGAGCUAAACUUGGUUCAGUGGAGCUAUCGUGAAACAACUGAGAGCUUUGAAAUUGGAUUUUUUUUCAUAGAUGUAGCUGUCCCCCCAGUGCAAGAACACUUCUUCCAAAAAUAGAAGGGCAGUUAGAAGACCAAAAAGAUGAUAUUUUUCUAGUUUUAUUGCACUUAAAAUAUUUAUGUUUUGUCUUGCACAAAGGCCUUUACACAGAUCUUCAAAACACCUCUUACUCAGUGCUUGGUUUGCAUUGUGUCAGAAGCUCCUACCAGUUCAAAAAAGCUUUUUUUUUUUUUUUUUUUAAUUGAGAAAAUGAAGUGUGUUAGAUAAAACUGCACAGAAGAGGAAAAACUGUAAUUGCAUAUUCAGCUCCUAUUUGAAUAUAUUCUUUUGUAUGGUUUUCUUUAUGCAGAGAGUUUCCCUUGCGAGAAAGGAAAUCAGUGUACUGUUUUGCUGUUGUAAUAAUGGUUUGCUAAGAAAAUAAAUAGUAAAAAAAAGAAAAGGAAAAAAAAAAGCCUGCAAAUUUCAAGACAGCUUGGCUGAAGCACUGCAGGCUCCUGCAGUCUGUAGGAGUCUGUGCAGAUUUGCUUUCCCUCAGAUUUCCUUACAACUGUUGCCUUCUGCAAGGCAUCCUGUUGCAGCAAACUGCUCCUUGGAUUGCUCUUUUGGAACAUUUUGACUAUAGGCGUUGUCAGAGAAAGAAAAAGAGCUGAUGGAAAACAGACUCUAGAGGGAACAGAUUGUGAAUUUUGUUUACAGCAUCCAAUAUUUGGAUUUUUUUUGUAAAUAAAAAGAAGUUAUUUUUUUCUAUUGA